AUGGCUUGGGCCACGCGCCCAUCUAGCCGUGGCGACUUUGAGAUUGCUGUCAUAUGCGCUCUAACGAUCGAGGCCAAUGCCGUCGAUGCUCUUUUUGACUGUCACUGGGAUGACGAGCGCUCCUAUGGUAAGGCUCCCGGCGAUCCCAAUGCCUACUCUGUUGGCUGCAUCGGCAGCCACAACAUCGUCCUGGCCUAUAUGCCCGGCAUGGGGAAGGCUAACGCCGCAGCCGUUGCAGCCGGGUGUCGUGCUAGCUUCCCUAACAUUAAGCUCGCUCUCGUCGUUGGUAUCUGCGGGGCGGCGCCCUUUUUGCGUGGAACUGGAGAUGAGAUUGUGCUUGGCGAUGUCAUCAUCAGCGACGGGAUCGUCCAAUACGACCUUGGACAACGUCUUCCCGAGCGCUUUGUACGCAAAGACAUCCUUUCGCAAUCUUUAGCAAGACCUAGCAUGGAGAUCCGCUCGCUGCUAGCUAAGCUCAAGAGCAGACGCAGCCGAAUGAAGCUCAGAAGUAAGGUAGCUACCUAUGUCCACAAGCUUCAGAAACUGCCAGACUUGAAAGCGGAGUACCCAGGCGCUCAGCACGACAGGCUUUUCGAAUCGACUUACCGCCAUCUUCGCGACGGGAUGGCAUGCGAAGAGUGCGGCUGUAGCGGUGAACUGGUGUCCCGCUCAAGCUUCAAUCAGAGCAGUCGACAGCCUUCGGUCCAUUUCGGCUUAAUCGCGUCCGGUGAUACAGUCAUGAAGGCUGGGGAGGAGCGUGAUGAUAUCGUUCAACGUGAGGGCGUUGUCGGGUUCGAGAUGGAGGGUGCUGGGAUAUGGGACAUCUUCCCUUGCGUGAUAAUCAAGGGGGCUUGUGACUAUGCAGACAGCCACAAGACUAAGGGAUGGCAGAAUUAUGCUGCUGUGACCGCGGCGGCGUGCGCGAAGGGUUUCUUGGAGGACUGGGUGCCUUCAGUUACUUCUGACAUUCAUGGCGCUACCGGUAUCCCAGUGCCUCCGGUACCUACUUUCAAUCCUCCCUGGCAAGCCAAGUCAAUUGAAACCAGCCGUCCUCGGCCAAUGGAGCCACUUUCUGUAGCAGCAUUCGCCAUGCAAAUCGUCGAUUUUGGUGCCAAGGUUCUGUCCAAGGCUGAUGAAAGUAUUGGGAGAGGUAAGACUAUUGACAAUAAAGCAUUGGCAGAUAUUACCAAAGACCUGGAGAACUCCUAUGACAAUCUCCGAAAGUCAUUGCGCCCAGCCCAUGGAUCGAUAUAUAACCCUCUCAUAAAUCUCGCGAAUGAAUGCCAAGCGGUCGCCUUUGAAUUGUUAGAGGCACUGAAAAAGCUGCCCGGGGCUGAGGACCAGAGCCAAUGGCGAAGCUUCCGUCAAGCCAUGUUGGGGAUAUGGAAAGCGGAGCACAUUGAAGCGAUGGAACGGAAGCUUGACAUAUUUCGGCAGCAGCUGAUUCUUGGAAUGUUGGAAACUCUGCGAAAACAACUGCGAGAACUGUACGGACAACGCAUGGCCAGUGAGAAGUCUUUCGAUGUCGAAAUCGGCCAGUCUUUUCUCAAUCGUCUCCAAGAAACCGAACUUAUGCAGCAUGAGCUAGUAAAAGACAUUGAGGGCAGAUUGCGUCAAGUAAUCCAGACGCAGCAUGAAGCGAUGCAAGCUUCGGAGUGGAUGACUAGCCCAGACCCGCCUCGGCAAGUUUUUGAUCGACUGAAAGUGAGAUUUCUUUGGACUCUGAAAUUCUCGGGGAUGACAAAUAGACGCGACAGAAUCCCCGUUGCUACUCGGAACACUUUCGAGUGGGUCUAUCGAGUCCCUGAGGAUGGCCAAAUAUGGUCGAGCUUUGUGGACUGGCUCCGCGAGAAAGACGGCGUUUACUGGGUAACUGGUAAGCCUGGGUCUGGGAAGUCCACUUUGAUGAAGUUCUUGCAGGAGGAUGCAAGGACAAAACAAAAUCUUGGGCAAUGGUCCCAAGGUCACCCCUUGACAUGCGCAAGCUUCUACUUCUGGAACUCGGGAACGGAGAUUCAAAUGUCAAAUGAAGGCUUAACUAAAUCCCUACUCCAUCAGAUAUGCGAAACAGCACCUGACCUGAUCCCCCAAAUCUUCCCCGACCGAUGGGAGGCCUUGAAUCUAUUUGGAGCAACAAAUGAGCCAUGGACGACGUCCGAACUACUUGGCGGCCUUCGAACGAUUUGUACACCCGAGUUCUCUAAUAGGAGGUUUUUCUUUCUCAUUGACGGGCUGGAUGAAUUCGAUGGGGAUGAGAGCGAGCUUAUCGGCCUGGUAGAGGCAAUGCAAGCUUGUAAGCACGUCAAAGUCUGCGUCUCAAGCCGCCCUUGGAUCCAAUUUCAGCAAGCCUUCGGGUCCAACCCGAAUCUACGACUGGAAGAUCUCACUUUGCCGGACAUCAGGAUCUACGUUGAAACAAACUUCAACGCCAGUCCAGGAUUUUCUGAGAUUCGACGACGAAGUCCUACCUCGGCCGUUGACCUUUUCAAUGAAAUAGCGGAUCGAAGUUCCGGAGUCUUCCUCUGGGUGCAUCUCGUUGUUAAAUCUCUACUACGUGGCAUUUCGAAUGGCGAUAAGUUUUCUGAUCUGCAAAAACGACUUGCUGAGCUUCCGAGGGACCUAAAGGCUUUGUUCCAAAGGAUUCUGGAGAGCAUCGAGCCCCGAUACAAAUCUCACGCCUCGCAGCUAUUUCACAUCCAUCGUGAGCAUGGAUCCAUCAGUCUCUUACGGCUUGCCUUUGCAGACGAAGAUGACGAUUUCCUGAAGGCAAACGACGAACACACAUCAUUAACAACGGAUGAGUUUUUCUUCAGAUGCGAGCAGAUGAAGAAUCGGGUUGAUAGCAGAACUAAGGGUCUGCUAGAAGUCACGAAAUGGUCACCGGUGGAACGAUCUCAAAGGACGCUGGAGGUUCCAGCAGGCCUUAGAUAUAAGUGGCAGGUUCAAUAUCUACAUCGGACGGUCAGGGAUUUCUUCUCGCAGCCCCAAAUCUGGUCGACACUCUCAGAAUCAGCUCCCGGAUUUGACCCCUAUCUCUCGCUUUGCCGUGCUUUUAUACUUGAGAUCAAAUACUUAUGGUCUGUAGACGCGUCGACUACUAUUCUGCAACAAUACAUUAAUUCGGCGAUGAUGCUCGCCUCGAUGGCCGAUGUCAGGAGCCGACAGACCCUGAUUGCGCACUUGGACGCUGCCAAUAGCAUUGUAGCGUCUCUACAGAAGAAGGGUAGUAUCGCGCUUAUUCCUCUGGACUCCCUUCGGACUCCUCAGCACGCCGCUCUAUUCCCCAUCGCCAUUGAAUUCGAUCUUGAUUUCUACGUUGAGCAUCUGCUCUUGAAAGGCCACCCGGUCAAAUCCAGGAAGCAGUUCGACCCUUACAUCUCGUUCGGUGUAGAGAAGCAAUUCCCUAAAACCUGGUAUUCUGGAGAUGUCCUGUGUCUAAAGACUAUUGAAGUCAAGGACGGCUAUCACCCAGUCAGUAGUCAGACUUUGCGACUUCUCGUCAAAAAUGGAGCAACGCUCUAUGAGAAGCGUAAUGAUGAGCCGUACCUCAAGCAUCUUCGACUCGAGUUUGCAGAAACUUGCUGUAAGGUGGUGAGCGUUAUCGGGGGAGAUGUUCCAUUGAUGGAGCGUUGGUUGGAAGUGGUAGAACUAUUCAUUUCUCUUGGAGCAGACCCUUCCUUCUUCUGGCGCAUUCUUCCGGAGCGGAAGGUAAAGGAACUUGCUAGGUUGGCACCUGAUCUCGAAGUUAGACUACGGGAAGUCCUCAAGGUUACAGAUGACCAACCGUACUCGGAUAGUCCAGCUAACUCUCCAAGACUUGGAGCAUUAGAGAAACUCAAGAGGCGAAGGAUCGCCAACUUGGCUGCCGCCGCCGCAAAGCGUACAAGGCGAUAG